AUGAAGGCCGCUACCAUCCUUUCUCUUCUGAGCGUUACCGGGCUCGUCGCCGCGGCUCCAGCUCGCAACGGUCCUGCUGGCGGAAUACUCGCCCGCGACCCUCCGGCCUCUGGCCAGGCCGAUGGCGGCCAGGGCACCAGUAGUGACCCAUUGGGUGGCCUUACCAAGGGACUUCCUCUUGUUGGAGGUCUCGGGCGUCGUGAAGGCCCGGUAGACGGAGCAGUCUCCGAGAACCCUACCGAUAAGCUCCCUACCGACAAGCUGCCCACCGACAAGCUUCCUACUGGCAAGCUUCCUACCGAGCUCCCCACCGACAAGCUUCCUACUAGCGGACUCACCGGCGGCAGCCCAACAAACGGCCUUCCUGUUGUUGGAGGUCUUGGUGGUCUUGGGGCCCGCGACGAGCACCCUGACCACGACGAUGAGUCCAAGGGCAAGCAGGAUGGCCAUGGCGAGAAGGAUGGUAAGAAGGAUGACAAGAAGGAUGACAAGAAGGAUGGUAAGAAAGAUGGUGAGGACAAGAAGGAUGGCCAGGCCAAGCGCGAUGGCCCUCAUAACAAGACACCCGGCCAUGGACACGGAUCCGGCCGUAGCAAGGACUUUACUGCAUAA